AAGUCGCCAAUAAAAUGAUGAUGACCAGAUGGACUUCAAUAAAUAGACUUCAAAAUUUCUGUUACUCCCGUUAUAGGAAUGAAGCUGUUUUUGAAUUAUAAACUAAUACUCGUUGUCGCAGUCGGUUGCUUCGGACGUCAACGUUCUCACUUAUUUUUACUGCUAUUUUUGGAUUUAUUCGAAAGGUUACGAAAAUAUCACAGUAAUCCUCUAAGCGUCUGUCAGUGAUGUUUAGUUAUUGUCAAUAUACAUAAGAGUAAAUAAUUGUGUUCGCGAACGCCUUAAGAUGGGGGAUCUAUGUUUAUUUGUUUUGGUGCGUUUAAUACUACCAAUAACAUUAGUAUUCGCUUCGUUGUCGCGGCCUAUCGGCAUAUCAAUGAUCUAUCUUUUUAUGUUCUUCGCAUCACCAUGGUUAUUGCAAACUAAAAGUGAUUCUCAACGAAAAGUAUUAAAACGAUUUCUUAUAUUUUCUUCCGUAUUGAGUGCUAUCAUUGCUAUUGGCCAUCCCCUUAUAAACAUUGUCAAUUUAUUGGUCCCAUAUUUAGAGAAAAGAAGUCAGUUAACAUUAAUCUUACGCCAAAUUGGAUUUGCGGAUUUUGCCGGACUGGGAUCUCUUGCAAUAUUUCAUUGGUUAGUACCAGAAAUACUGGUCCUAAUUGUUUCUUUGAUCCUACUGUUUUUUGUUUUACUAUCUGGAAAGAAAUCGGAGAUGGCGGACAAAACUGAUAAUGGGUCUGAAACAAACUUGGAAUAUUCAGAUAUGAAUCGGCUACUAAUAAUUGCUUAUGUGCGAUCUGUAUUGAAAACAUCACCAAUAUUUGCAUUAAUCGUUCUCUAUGCAGCUGCAAUCUUAAGACCAUCAUUACCUGGCAGCAUAUAUUUCAUGUUAUUUCUUGUGGCUGGCACAUAUUGGGCUCUAUAUAAGCAAUUAACUUGCGGUUUGAAUAAUAUAUUGAUGGUCGUUGCCAUUGCUUUAGUGCUGCAAAUAAUUUGUUUUGCUUUAUACCAACUGCCAAUAAUACAGAACUAUUUGGAUAGCGAAUCAAUAUGGGCGCGAAUUAUGGGCUUUGAAGCUCUACUCUUAUUGCUUGACUAUAAUGAGGAUAGCAAGAUAGUGAAACUAAAUAAUAAACUAAAUAUCGAUUCAUAUAUGUGUAUUCUUGCAUUCAUGUGGGCAUAUUUUGUUAUUGUCAUCAAUAUUUUACACCAUGAUCGGUACAAAUUAAUUUUUACCACAAUGCGAAUGAAAAUGGCUUCCAAAGAUGAACUUUCCACAAAUUCAGUAGCUCGAUUCUCCGAGCAUAUUGAAGUUAGAGCCUCCAUCAGUUUGAAGCCUUCUACCCUGGAACAGUUCUUUUAUUUGAUUUGCGAUCUCACGACUUUCAUAUACAAAAAUAGCUACAUAUUGCUCAACAUAAUUAUGAUGAUUUGGUCAAUUAUUUAUCACAGCUGGCUAACUUUCGUGCUACUUAUUUGGGCAAAUAUCUUGUGGAUGAUACCCAACCAGCGUCGAUCUAUGAUGCGUUCCAGUUUCUUUGUGGUCCUCUAUGCUGAGUUCCUUAUUAUUUCGCAAUAUAUAUACGGCAUGAAUAUAUAUGAAACAGAGCUACCCACUAAGGUUUACGGAUUGAAUCUUGUGCAGAUUGGAUUUGUUCAUCCACGGGAUAGUGGAAUUCGGCCAAGUGUUCCGUUAAGCGUGAAAACAGUUUUUCUCUUUAUAUUCUGGAUAACAUCGCACCAAUAUUUUAAAGAGAAAGCAGAGCAUAAAGUUGAAAGUGAUAUCUUACUUCAUGUUUUUGGACCGCGACAUUCGCGAUCGGAACACACAUUAUUCGAAAAGUCAAGGGCACCUCGGACAGUCAUAUUUAUUUUUGAAAGCGUGUCAAAUUUUGUAACUCGCAUUUGGAUGUGGAUGCUCAUAUUUUUAAUAUUUCUUUGUGCCAUGAUCGAUCAAGUUAUGACAGGAUUUCGAAUAUGCUACAUGUCACUGUUCCUUCUUUUUCUAAUGGUCUUUCAGAUGUCGUUGCAGCUGUGGAUAAAGUUUUUAUACGGCUAUUGGAUGUUUGUGAUAUUCUAUGCUAUGACUAUAUUAACUAUUAUAUAUACCUAUCAAUUCGACUAUUUUGACCACUAUUGGGAGACAUAUCUAAAUGUUCAGCUUGACUUACAAAAUGAUAUUGGCUUACGUCGAUAUCGUACAAAGGACCUUUUUCUGCAUUUGCUCGUGCCAACGUUAACAGUAAUAUUUACGGUCGUUCAACUUCAUUAUUUUCAUCGGCGUUUUAUAGAAUCGGUACGCCAGCCAAAACCAAUCGAUGACAAAAAACAAAGCUCUCGAGCACGACUUAAUGUGGGUAAUAGUCAAUAUCAGAAUACCAAAGCAUUACGUAAGAGAUCCUGGAAAUCAUUCUUGAAGGACACGUAUGUAGAGUUACGUGCUCAGAUUCGGCGCUGGUUCCGUCCAUGCAAAUUAAUUGCAUGGCGUUUUCUUGAAAUUCAUAUGAUUAAAGCCGUUGUAUUUAUAACUUUUAUAUGUGCCAUUUCUGAGAUAUGCUGCUUUAACCUAGUAUUAGUUGUACUGGCACUUAUGAGCGUUGGCGUCAAUUCGUUCUUUCGGCGUGUUAUCUUUCGCAUAGUGACAUUUUGGAUUUCGGUUUUAAUACUGAUAAAGAUGAUCUAUCAGAUUAAGUAUUUGAACCACAAGCAAUAUGAAUAUUUUUGUCAAAACCAAACAAUUAACUUUGCUGAUUGGAUAGGCGUGCGAAAAACUGAACCGGCUUGGGGCUCACUGUUGCGCUAUAUAGCACCGUACAUAGUCUACAUGAUCAUAACUACAUUGCAUGCUGUAGUCAAAUUACGUGAUCAUUUAAUACGAUUUUCUAUGGGUGAAAUUCGGGAGCGCUUAGUUCUUUUUCCUGAAACGUCUCGUCAAGAUGCUGAACACAAUUUCCCUGGCCUUAUAAAGUAUCUAUGUAACUAUGGGUAUUUCAAGUUUGGUUUGGAACUCACUUUAAUUGGUCUGGUCUCGACUAUAGUUCAUAGAUGUGAUGUACUUGCGGUGACAUACAUCAUAUGGCUUAUAAUUCUACUGUGCCUGAACCGUGUGCAGUGCGCUCGCAUUUGGUAUAUUUUUCAGCUCUAUUUUGUACUAUCGAUAUUUGUACAAUACUUGUAUUUAAUACACUAUAUUCCGAAUCUGUGCAGCAAUUCAGCCGAAAAAAUGAGUACUCGCCAUAACUGGAGUGCGCCAAGUUUUAAUGAGCUUUUGGAAUCUCCAAUCAAAUCGAAACUUUUAUUAGAUUUUAUUGUUCUUUUAUUGAUAGCUCGCCAGAGAAAGGUAUUUAAAGCAGAAAUGAGUCAAGAAAAUUCAUCACAGUUCAGCGGAGAUAACAAAAAUAUUGUUCACAAUAUUGCAAAGCUGGGCCACGUGUACUUCAGAAAUCCCACGCACGAUUUUUGCUCAUUCAUUCGCAACUAUUCAGAUGUAUUUAAGACCUUCGUAUUCUGUAGCUUUCUCUGGGUCACGCUUGCCAUCGUAUUUAUGGGUGGCGUGUGUAGCCUGGAUAUGCUAUCAUUAGGUUAUUUGAUAUUUGCAUUGGUAUUUAUGCUCCAAGGAUCGGAAGUUUAUUUGCAAAAUAUAUACUAUAUCAUCUGUCGCUGGAACUUUCUUAUCGCAUUUAAUGUAUUCAACAUAACCACCAAAGUCUGCGUAAUUGUAAUUGGAAAUUUGCUGAAUAUAAAAGAUAAACAAGAUUACCAGAGUUUGUUUGCUGUAAUGCAAUAUGAUCCCGUAGUGCCGCAACUAGAAAAGUACAAGCAAAGCGAAGAAGUUGACAACUACUAUUAUGGUCCAAGCAGCUUCAUCUUCAGAAACUCCCUUAUUUGGCAUGCGAUUAUUUUCGCUUUUCUUAUCUUUCAGCAUCGUAUAUUUCGAUCAUACUAUUUUUGUCACAUAAUUAUGGAUACUCAAGCCAAUUCAGUUUUAGCGUCUCGUGGUGCUGUAAUUAUUGAAAAUUUGCAUUAUAAGCAAAUUUUUGAUCGAAGGGAGUACGAAAAGAAUGUGCUUGAGAGAGUAAAGGCGAAGAUGGAACUAAUCAAGGCUAGCAAUAAAAAAAACUACAAAAAGAUUCAUGCGGUAACUCAGUAUCCGGAAAUCCAUACGCGGGAGCAGUCAAAUCCGGUGAAGAAGCGAGACUUGCGUCUUCAUCCCCAUGCUGUGAGAACCGGAGACUACUAUAUGUUCGAGAAACAUACUGAAACUGAUGAGCCUAUUCUAUACGAAGAGUAUGAUUUCCUGGAAAGGGAGGAUAGGCGCGCGCGUGAACUUCUUAUAUCUUGUAAGAAGAAAAAAGAACGCACAACACCACAAGGCAACAAUUAUAGCUCGGAUUCUGAAAUUGACUUUAAUACAAAUCCUGUAGUAAAACUUAUGUCCGACCUAAUUAUACUGGUGACGUUUCGCCUAAAUCGGUUAUCCUGUAACUAUCGGUUUGUACAUAAAGUUCUGUCGGCCGAGAAGAAGACCUUACAGGACAUAAGUACAAUGAAUCGACUUGGACUAGUCAAUACUGCAGCAAUGUUUAGUUUUUUAAAUCAAUCACUCUAUGAAAAACAGUUGAACGCUAUUAACUCUUCAGCAAAAGGAUCGACAUUUCUUCUCAAAGGAAAGGGCUCAUCUUUCACUUCAAUAGAUCACAAUUGUUGUGUGCAAAUGUUGAUUUCUUUAUGGAACACGAUUAUUGCCAAUACGGAAGCGGUUUGCUAUUUGGCUGUAUGCGUAAAUCAAGCUGCAAAUUCCUCUAUAAUUUCAUUGCCAAUGCCAUUUCUCGUCCUGUACUGGGGUGCCCUUACAUUACCUCGUCCAACAAAGACUUUCUGGGUUACGCUUAUAACUUACACAUUGGCAAUGAUUUUCUUGAAAUGCAUAAUGCAUCAAAAAAUUGUUCUUGACCCCAAUCUUAUAAAACUAGCCAAGACAACUGACUUUGAGCUGUUCACAAAGCAUGGCAAGGCUGUCUAUGAUCUUUUGCUAUUGGUUGUACUAUUUUGGCAUCGAUACAUGCUUAAGAAACAGGGAAUUUGGAAUAUGCCACGAUCGGAGCUGGUUUCAUUAAACACAAUAAGUAGCAAAACCUUAGUCAAGGAACGACCAGCGGAUAUAUUGAGGAAACUGAGGGAAGAGUCUGGUAGUGAACAGAGGAAUGACGUUACCUCUAAUACAGCUGAUUUGGAACGGGACUUAAAUGACUUAUUACGACCUGGAAUGGAAAAUAAAUAUGCUUAUCGUAACAUUGAAUCAGACUAUUAUCGCCUUGGAAUGAAAGAUUUAGGGCACAAAGGUGGAUUUGUAUGUCAAAUUAAGGAAUUCUUUUUUGCUUUACUUCACAAGGCACGCUUAUCAACAGAUGUGUAUACAUUAUUGUUCUUAUGCGACUUUUUUAAUUUUUUCGUUUUGUUAUUUGGAUUUCCAAAGUUUGUGUAUCGCCAUAAAUAUAGUACCAGUGUUUUAGAGACGUAUAUUCAAGGAAACAAGGUGCCCUUCAGCUUCCUUUUCAUGCUCGUCGUGCAAUUUUUGACAAUUGUAACGGAACGUGCCAUAUACUUACGCAAAGCUUUGGUCGUCAAAAUUGUGUUUCAUUUCGUUACGGUUGUGGGCAUACAUAUAUGGAUGUUCUUUUUGGUGCCCUACGUUACUGCGCACAGCUUCGGAGCUACUGCACCAACUGUGUUCUAUCUGAUCAAGUGCUUACACAUGCUAUUUUCAGCCUACCAGAUGCGUUGCGGGUAUCCAAAGCGCAUUCUGGGAAAUGUUUUUACACGAAGUUUUUCAAUGGUAAACUAUGUGGUAUUUAAAGUAUAUAUGGAAAUACCAUUUCUCUACAUUUUACGCACAUUGCUGGAUUGGUUAUGCAUUAAAACUACACUUACAGUAAUGGAGUGGAUUAAAAUGGAGGAUAUUUUCCAAUCCGUAUUUAUUGUACGUUGCUACAGGCAAAUGGAUGCGGACUUUCCAGUUUUGCGGGGAAAGCCUAAGGCAUUUUAUACCAAAUGUUUAAUUGGAGGAACUAUUAUAUUAAUGCUGAUAACUCUCAUAUGGAGUCCACUGUUUCUUUUUGCCCUGGUCGGAACAGUCGGAAAACCAAAUGUUCCUAGCAGAGCUGACAUUUCCGUGAAGAUUGGGCAUUAUGAACCCAUUUAUGUUUCCCAAAGUUACUCUGGCAUACACCAGUUUUCAGAAAGCGACUAUAAAAAGCUACUCAAAACCUUUGGCUUUGAUAUACUUGCCACUGAUCACAUUAUGAUAUAUGAUGCCGUUGAUGUAACAUCAGUUAAGUUUGAUGCUAACUCUGUGACGUUAUGGAACAUGUCACCCCCUGAUAAGACGCGCUUGUUGGAAGACUUAAAGACAAAUAAGAAUCUGGAUAUCCGUGUAAGAUUUUCCUUUAAUAGCGGCGUUUUGACGGAUACCGUAUUGUUUGAAACAAGAUACACCCUUACGAAGAACAAAGAAUUGACUCGUGAAAUGCUUAUAGAAACAUUAUCUGAUGAUAAUAUGGAUGUCAAAGUCGUCGUGCCUGACAUAUUACCCAAAUUCCUUACAGUCCAAAAAAUGAGGGUGUAUGUUAAAUUUAUCAAAGAUUAUGAUGAAAAAUCGUAUAGGCCUAUAAUAUUAAGAAAAAAAAGCGACGAAGGUCAAUCAUGGUGGGAAAUGCAUGACUUCUGUGAUGACAAGUUCUACAAGAAUGUCCUUUCUAACCUACCCUCAAGUGACUGCGAAGGGGGUAUAGUUUUUUAUAUCUUCAAUGAUAAAUCAUUCCCUUCAACUAUGAGUUUUCUUGAAAAAACUGGGAUUAUUGGCCUCUAUACGACUUGUGUCUACGUUGUGUCUCGCCUUAUAAGGACACUUAUAUCCAACAAUCAUCGACGAAUAAUGUUUGAGGCUCUACCGUAUGUAGACCGAAUAUUGAAACUGUGUAACGACAUCUAUUUGGUGCGGGAGACCAAAGAGUAUCGCUUGGAAGAAGAUUUAUAUGCCAAGCUCAUAUUUCUCUAUAGAUCACCGGAAACGCUUAUUAAGUGGACACGGUACAAGGAAGAGUUUAUAAUUGAUAUGCCGUCUUCAGAGAACAACUCCAAAAAGGACUCACCCUCAGAUAACAAAAAUCAAUCAUCGCAAACGCCCCCGCCCACAUAA